UUAAUGCUACAAAGAGAAAAAUCAUUAGCAUGUAUAAAGGCAUUUGUAUACCUAGCGGUAGACACAGGGAGCGUACAUGCCCCUCCCAGCAAAUCCUGGCGUUGUCACCAGUUCUCCGGUCGAUUACGUAACAAUAUCCGAUGAUUUUUUAACGGAAAACGCCCAAAUGUUUCGGAAUUGUGAAAGAAGUGUUGCUGUUGGAAAUUUUUUUGAGGAUGCGAUUGAAAAUUUAGAGCGGAUGGCCUGUUUAAUAUCUCGGAUUCUAAUAGAUAACGGUUUAGGUUUCCGUCGGACCUCCGGAAGUAAACUUGUGACAAUGCGGCUAUAACCUUUACGCAUUUUGUCUGAACUCUGUUGCCAGUUUGGUCGUUAUUAGGAGGAGAAUUACACAAAUGAUCAAUAACAACAUAAUAUUCAAGGUCGUGAUUAAUGAACACAAGUUGACACUGCAUAUUAAAACACAUCAGACUAAAAAUCCAAUAUUUUGCUGCUAUCUAAGCCUGCUCUUAGCAUGUUCUUAAAAUUGGGUGAAAUCUCAGCAUGGACGUUCUUAUAAAAAGGGAUAAAAAGUGUGUAUUUCACUUCAAGGGGGUUAUCUAAUGAUAAACGGUGGGUGAGUUGAUAAUUACAUUCAUAUCCGUAACCUUCAUAUUCUAUUGGGCUUAGCCUUCAAAACGGCUUUUUAUUUUAGAAAUAGUGGUUGACAUGAUUUUUUUAAGUUCUUGUUUCUUUGUUAAAAAAAAAACAAAGCAAGUAAAUCUCCUUUUCCAAUCGACACCAACUCUUGUUUAUCUCUGGACAAGUAACAGAUGGUUUCUACCAAGCUAAGUGAUAGCAUUUCUAAUCUGCAAUAUGAUUUUUUGUGUUGAGGACGUAAAACACAAAUUCAAAGUUUGCUAAAAUUUCAUUUGGCAUAGGAAAAGCAGCAAAUCUUUUAACACACACAAAAAACGACAAAUCACUCGACAGCUGCAUAACCAGCACAAUGUAUCCAGGGGAGAACUCAGGAGUUCUUAAAAGGGCUAAAAAAAGGCUUACAUCAGCAUCCGAUUAGGUAGGUUAAUAGCUAAUGAAUAGAUAACGAUCUCGCAUUGCUAGUACUUUUUACUUUAAAAAUACACCAGAUUUUGGACCUCUUUUCAUGGUUUUUAUGUUUUUUAUCGUGAUAGUUCGAAACAUCUAUAUGUUGUGCAUGGCAGGUGUACCUAGAAACAUCGCUUGCGCACGUCAUCGUCUUAAAGAUGGACAGAUGCCAUUUUAUAUAUUUUUCAUAUAUUUUUCUGCUAUUUGAGACUCUGAAUGUUCUUAAAAAAUUGGGGAAAUCUUAGGCUGGAUGUUCUCAUAAAAAGGGUUCUUAUGAAAAAAAAAAGACUGUAUUUAAAGACAAGGUGGUAAAGGGUAUUUUCGUGAAACGAGAUUUGGUCAUUUUUCACCCUACGACAAACGUGAAAUCGUCCAUUUCGACGUCCGUGAAACGUGAUUUAACAGGCAUAAAAAGCCAUUUUGCCCGAUCCGUAAAACGUGAUCCAUACCCCCCUUUAUCAGCCUGUAAAGAAAUCAAUUCAAGUCAAUGAAUUGUCGGGAACCCUUCACGUGUAACGACCACUUGACGUCCCCUGCGGCUUCUGCAGAAAAGAGAGGUUGACAGAUACGACAUUUUCGCGUCAUAUUCUUUUGGUACUCUACGGCGGGGAAUUAUUUAUUGUAGCGCACCCCUAGCGGUGCUGUGUUAGUAUUUGUGAUCUUUCGUGCAGCAAUCGUGGUGGCUGGGGCAAUUUUGCACUUUUUUAGUCCUUGACCAAUGACGAUGAAAUGCCCUUUUGUUGAAAGAACAAUUACAAAGUCUCUGGUAUCCACUGCCGGCAUCAAUGGAAUUCUUGUGAAUAAUUUAUUGGCAAGGCAAACAAUUGAAAUUCUGUAUUGGCGAUUAUUGUGCCGCGCUAUCGAAGCUGUGAUUGGCUAGUUGUUACUAUGUAGCUAUUCGCAUCAAUUCACUCGGAUGAAUAGAGAGGCUUGAUGGUAAUUGACAACCACACUACAAAAAGCAAACAUUUAAACAUUACUUCGGUUUUGAGCCGCUUGGCCUACUCUAAUGUAACAAGGCGGGUGUGAAGAACCAAACAGAAACAAAACUUCGAAUGGUGUUGCAAAAAGAAAGAAAUUGAAGUCAAAGUAACCGGCUCAAGUUCUUACAUGCUUCAAAGAGUUUCUAAUCCAACCAGACCACUCAUUCCAGAUAAAUCCAAAUUAACUACUUUUCGUUUCGCAUGGGAGCUUUCUUGUUUGUCUGACUUUUAGAAAGAAUGACAGUGACACAGAUGCAAUUUUGCGCCAGCCAAUCACGGACGUCGGCUAAAUGAAUUUGGCAAAAGACAGACAAAGGCGUCGAGACGAUUAGUUGUCGCAGUAAUCAAGUACUAACAUUGCUAGUUUGCUGGUCAGCCAAUACGACUGUGCUUUUCAAGAUAUCUGGUCUAGUUGCCCGGGGCAUUUGGAGUUAUGAGCGAAUCUGCGUACAUGAUACAGGGGAGUUAUCCCGAGCGAAAACCCCCUAGAAUGCCGAAAUGCGCGCGUUGCAGGAACCACGGAGUCGUCUCCUGGCUCAAAGGCCACAAGCGAUACUGCCGAUGGAGAGACUGCAACUGUGCCCAGUGCACUUUGAUCGCCGAAAGGCAGCGAGUUAUGGCAGCUCAGGUAGCACUACGAAGGCAGCAGACCCAAGAAGAGAGUAUGCGAGUACAAGCCGGUCAAAUACCUUCGAAUUACGUCCCGUCAUCGCCACUGCCUCCAGCGAACUUCACCGAGCUCACACCGCCCAAACCAUCGCCAGAAAAAGAGACAGAAUUCCGACAAGAAAGCUUCAGUUCUCCUGAGUCAAAGCUAACCGAGGUAAAAAUCAAGGUUGAACCUAUCUCUGAAUGCGAUCAAAAUAACAACCUAGAAAAAGACCACGAACAACAACCGAACAGAAAACGAAGCUUUAGCGACAGCGAACCCGAGUACAGUCCGAGAGUUUCCGAAUCGCACAGCCCCGUGCCUAAGAAAGCCGUCAUAUCGGAGAGUAAUCUCGUAGUGCUGCAGAGAAUCUUCCCUCAUCAGAGUCGAGCGGUACUGGAGCUAAGCCUGAGAGCGUCAGGAAAUGAUCUAGUCAAAGCCAUAGAAUCACUUACCCCAGAUGAGAACAACAACCUCCGUCCCUUCCCCUGUCUGUUCCCAGCGCGAGGUCAUGGCGCACCUCUGAGCGUCCAUCCUUUGCCACCGAGUGAUACCGAAGGUGCGAAGUCAGCAUUUUCCACCAUUGCCAAGUCAGGGACAUUUAUUCACCCUCGAGUCAUGAAACCAAAGGAACAUUAUAUCAAGAGUCCUACGUCUAAGAGCCCCCCAUCAAAGAGUGCCUUUCACCCUCACCCUAGUUACGCUGCCCAUCCAAUAGCUAGUCCAACAAUGAAGGAACAUUUCCACUUCCCGUCUGUACCCUCUCACGGGUACGUUUAUAACAGGUCAGCUACAGCUGCUCUCCUGUCGCUUAGCAACGCACAGCAACGAGGCGGUGCACCGCCGGUUGAACCCGCGAUCUGUGUUGAGUGCGGAUUCGUGGCGAGACCUGAAGAUAAAUUCUGUAGUGAAUGUGGAAAGCGGAUGAGCUGAUUGGACAUGUCCAGCGUCACGUGAUGAGUAGAUGCCGAGACAGAAACAUUGUUUUUACUGUUGGUGAAUUAUUGUGGUUGAUUUAUGUAUUAUUGUAUGAUAUAUUUUGUUAUCUCUGUAAAAAGAGUGCUUACACUUUGUCCCUAAUAGUUCUUAGUUCUAAGGCA